AUGGACGCAUUGGCACUUGGAGACAAUGGCGACCAACCUGCACUUCCUAUAUCAGUGGAUAUCAAAAAACUUUUUGACGGAAUUAUGUUUAGUCACCGGUAUACCAGUUGGGUUCAAGUAGAAGAUGCUCUAAGUCAGCUGGAAUCAACAACUCAUACACAUUAUGUAAUCAAAAACCGCAUACGGGACCAUGAAUCUCAGGAGUUGAAGUACAAAUUAGCAGUCUUUCGUUGUACAUAUGGCAUGAAGCGAAAAACUAGAGGUUCAGGUUUACGCGUCAAACCUGCAAAAUACACUGGUUGCCAAUCUGGCUUUCGUAUACGCUACAAGGAGGACGAGUUUAUCAUCUCUUCCGCGAAAACUGUUCACAAUCACAGAUGUGAACAAAGUCUUAUGAUAGGUGAUCCAUAUUUCAGACGCCUGUCCGGGGAUGAAAAGGAGAAUAUUGCACCAGUUGUGAAGACUACAUCUGAGGUUGCUGAUGUUUUGGAAUACGCUGAAGAGAAUUUUAAUAAAAUUUUGACGAGCACAUAUGUGUAUAAUUUACGUAAGGAUGUGAGACCAGCCAUGCCUUUGAGAUCAGAUGUUAUGCGCAUAA